UUCAACUUCAUGGCAUUCCGUAUUGGUGUUACAUGUCAAUUCUUCCCCUCGCUGGGAAAUCGUUAUUUAGCAGAAAGGCAAUACUCACACUAAAAAGCUAAUAUGAGUGGAGCUGCAAAAAAGGCUGUCGGGGCACCGUCUGGUGGUGUCGGGGAAUGGAUCAGUACCGCAUGUCGGUUCGCUACAGAUAGGAAUGAUUUUCGAAGGAACCUACUGGUCAACCUGGGCCUUUUUGCAGCUGGAGUUUGGGUUGCCAGGAAUCUCUCAGAUUUUGACCUGAUGUCUCCUCAACCAAUCACGUAGUGCAAUAACUGGAUGGAUGUCGGGAGGUGUCUCGGACCAAAAUGGCAGUCGAAGGGACAAGAUAUAUGCUUUAUAUUUUGUUGAUUGGUGAUGGGAUAAUGUUAAAGAUAGUCUGGAAACUGGUGUGACUGAUAAUUACUUUAUUUGAACUGUAUUGCUUUCAGUAUCAACACUUUCAGUUCUCUUCAUUAUGUACAUGUUAGAUCCAAUGCACACAGUGACAUAACUUAUGGCAAUCAUUUACCUGCUUAAAUAAAGUUCAUAAUACUUUAA